CAUCGCAGCUUCAGGCGGCACAUUCAGGGGGCAAUCACUGCACAUCGGCGACGAAGCGGCAGAAGAUAUAUCACAACCAUGGGUAAGGUUCACGGUUCAUUGGCUCGUGCCGGUAAGGUGAGAGGACAGACUCCCAAGGUCGCGAAGCAGGAGAAGAAGAAGAAGCCACGCGGUCGUGCCCACAAGAGGAUGCAAUACACCCGCAGAUUCGUCACUGCUGUUGUUGGAUUCGGCAAGAAGCGAGGACCCAACUCUUCCGAGAAGUCUUAAGCAGUGGUAGUUCUGUCUCUGUAGGGGGUGAACACUGCUCUACUGUAUGUGUGUGUUGGAAGAACUCAAAAUUUUGUCAUGGACGUGGAUUGAUUUUACUUGCUAUCGAGCAUUGAACAGCUAUUGUCGAUUCAGUAUGUAAUGAGAUUUUCCAUU